AUGGGAAGACGACGAUAUUUUCGUUCACAAAAUUAUAAACGCUUAAAGGCAGAUUGUGCAAAGAAGAGGAAUCUCUUCGUUGAUAUUCAAUUUCCACCAACGAAUGAUUCGUUAUUUAUAAAUCCUCAUGAACAAAAUGCGAAUAUUAUUUGGAAGCGUCCUUCUGAACUCGUGAAUAAUCCAAAAUUAUUCGUAGAAGGUGCAUCGGCUAAUGAUGUUACACAGGGAAUUCUCGGGAAUUGUUGGUUUGUAUCUGCUUGUUCAGCACUAACUCAUAAUGAAGCAUUAUUAAAAAAGGUGAUACCGGAUGCGGAUGAGCAAGAAUGGUCAAAUAAUAAUAUCUAUGCUGGUAUUUUUCGAUUCCGAUUUUGGCGUUUUGAUGAAUGGUUAGAAGUUGUUAUUGAUGAUUUGUUACCUACUCGUGAUGGAAAAUUACUUUUUGCUCGCUCGAAGACUGAGAAUGAAUUUUGGAGUGCACUACUUGAAAAAGCAUUUGCAAAAUUAUAUGGAUGUUAUGAGAAUUUAGUUGGUGGCCAGUUAGCAGACGCUCUUCAGGAUGUAUCUGGUGGCGUAGCAGAGACAAUCAACGUUCGUCAAUUUCUCAAUAAUAAUGGAAAUAGCUCAAGCGCUAAACUUUUCGAAACGAUUCGAAAUGCUUUCGAUCGAAAGGCACUUAUCGUCGCUGCAAUCGCUGCAAAAAACAAAGAAGAAAUUGAGGAAACUCUUAGUUGCGGAUUGGUUAAGGGUCAUGCAUAUGCAGUGACCGCAGUUAGAUAUAUUGAAUUGGAUGCAAAGAAUCGUUCAUUCAUCUUUUUUGCUACGGUACAACGAAAAAUGAUGAUAAGACUACAGAAUCCUUGGGGUGAAAAAGAAUGGAAUGGUUCAUGGUCAGAUGGAUCAAGAGAAUGGGAAGAGGUUACAGAAUCACAAAAGAAAGAAAUCGGAAUCACAGUCGAUGAAGAUGGUGAAUUCUGGAUGCCAUGGGAUGAAUUCGUGAAAUAUUUUACUGACUUAAGCGUAUGCCAACUUUUUAAUACAUCUGCAUUUUCCUUCGGAAGCAAAUAUCGUGAAUGGAAAUUUAAAAAUGUUUGGGAAACGCAUGGCGGUAAAGCUGGUGGUCCUCGUGAUCGAGCUGGUGGAUGUCUCAAUUUUGCUGCCACAUUUUGCUCUAAUCCACAAUAUCUUUUUGAUAUCGAAGAAGACGGUUGCGAUAUAAUGUUCGCAUUAACACAAAAGGAAAAACAAGAAGGUGAAAAAAUGCGUGAACCAUUUGUCACUAUUGGCCUUCAUGUUAUGAAAGUUGAAAGCAAUCGAAGAUAUCGAAUUCAUCAGCCCAUAAAUUCUAUUGCUACUUCGGAUUAUGCAAAUGCACGUUCCGUUUUUCUUCAUCUUCGCGAUCUUAAAAAAGGUCGUUACAUAUUGCUACCAACGACAUUCGCUCCACGAGAACAAGCCCAAUUUCUCUUGCGUAUCUAUUCUGAACAGAAUUCCUCUCCAAAAACACUCGAACAACACUCGCCACGAAAUAUAUUCUGUUGUCGAAAAAUUGUUUCAGUUUCACGGAUCACUAUUGUUAGUGCCAAAAUGGAAACCACACGAUCGAUCAAAAUAUAUUCCGUACUGAAAUGUGGAAAUAAAAAAUUUCGUUUGCCAACAGUCGAAGGAGUUAAUGUGGAAUGGAACGAAAUGUUUAUUUUUUAUGCGGGAAAGCUUAGAAAUUUUUAUAUUGUGGAAGUAUACGAGGAACGAAUGUUGAAAGAUCGUUUAAUUGGUACCGCUCGCAUAAUGGAAUUGGUUGAAAAUGAUAGUAGAACAAUCGACGCCGAUUUGAAAAGCUCAGAUGAUGGGAAAACUGGUACACUUACCGUACUUAUUCAAUCUUAUGAUGAUCCUGUUUAUCUCUAA